AUGUCGGGAAGUGUCAAAACGACUUGCGCAUUCCGGAAGGACGCUCUAAUCGAUGACAUGGCUCUCGCUAGACCUGUGGAUUCGUCUUCCUUCUAUGCAAGUGUGCUGACAGGAGGUUUCUCCGAAAGCGUGCUGUCAGACAUAUUUGAGGAAAAUACUGAGAUUGAGGGGCAGGAGGUAACAGAUGCUCAAUACGGAUAUGAGUCUGAUAGCGAUCUGGAAGACGACGAUGUCGAGAUCGAACUAGGGACGGCGGAUAGCGGAAACCAGCCCGCGGGAAUGUCCGCUGCACCUGAUGCUGUCUUGAAGAAGGCAGAUCAUGACGUUGGCGAAGCCAUUGAUCUGGCAAUGGAAUCUGGAAACAAGUCAUCAAGGCCUCCUACUCGUAUUCGACCUCGGUGCCCCGGGAGGACAGUCUUCGUAAAGGACAUUGCUUACAAAACGUGGCAAGCGCUCCUAUCAUAUUUGUACACUGGCCGUGUUGCCUUUGCACCACUGAGGUCUGCCGUACAGUCAAGCAACGACCGAACCAAUACGGUGAACCUGCGCCACCCUUUUGAUCCUCCACUUUGUUCGCCGAAAUCAAUGUAUCGCCUCGCAGAUAAGAAACAGUAUGGUCUGGAGGAACUCAAGAAGCUCGCCUACGACAACAUAUGUAGUCAACUGACUGCGGACAAUGUCUUGCCGGAAGUCUUCUCCAAGUUCACAUCGAGGUGA